UAUAAUUCCAAUCUCAACCAUUAAUGACCAGUCAACCUUGUAGUACUCUGACCCAAAAUUAAAGAAUAAAAGAAAAAGAAUCCAAACUCUAGAAGCCCAAACAAAGACAAGGCCAAUUAUGUAAUUACGUCCCACAGGCAGUGACCCAGCCUAAUCUUUCCGAGGGCAAGAAAAAGGUAGAGGCUUGCUAGAAUAUCUCUGCUUCAGCUUUCAGCUUCCCCAGCUCUGCUCCUGCUCUCAUUCUCUACCCAAUUCCUCCAAUCAAAGAAUUACCCAAAUUUUAGCUUUCUUCUUGUCAUUAUGGGAGGAAAUGGAAAGCACAGGUGGAAAAUUUCAUUUUACCAUCGUCACAAUUCUUCUUCAUCUCCCAAGCAUUCCGAGACCCAAACCCCACCCGAAUUCCUCUGCCCAAUAUCUGGGUCUUUGAUGUUCGACCCCGUUGUAGUCCCCUCCGGUCAAUCCUUCGAUCGAAUCUCCAUCCAAGUCUGCCGCGACCUCGGCUUCACCCCGACUCUCCCCGACGGCUCAAUCCCGGACUUCUCCACCACCAUCCCCAACCUCGCCAUCAAAACCACCAUCCUCACCUGGUGCCGCGACCACCACACCCAAGACCCCACCCCCCUCGAUUACACCUCCGUCGAGAAAAUCGUCCGUUCCAAGAUUCAACACCAAAGUCCUUCCACGCUUACGUCGGCUCCCGAUAUUCGGAUCUCGGAGCGGGAACUUUUGAAAGCCGUUGCUGAAAACCCGCCUGUUUUGUUCUCCCACGCGGCCACCGAGAUAGGACCACGCGUCAACAACAACUUAUACUGCUCCACCUCGUCAUCUUCUGAUGAAUCCGUUAUUAUUACCGCCAAUAGUCCCCACACGCCGUUACCACUUGCCACCCGCCCCGCGUGUUUCUCAACUUCCGGCUCAUCAUCUUCGUCCAUUGAAAUCACCGAAUCUGAGAUAAACCCUAAUUUCCAGUCUUCUUCUUCUUCUUCUUCUUCACCUGAAGAACAAGAGCUGUUUUUACAGCUUAAAAGUUCCGAUAUUUACGAGCAAGAAACAGGUUUGAUUUCGUUAAGGAAAAUCACGAGGACUAAAGAAGAAGCUAGGGUGUCUCUUUGCUCUCCUCGGCUACUAUCGACCCUCCGAUCUCUAAUCAUUUCCAGAUACAACGUUGUUCAAACCAACGCCAUCGCUUCGCUUGUUAAUCUUUCCUUGGAGAAGUCGAACAAGGUCUUGAUCUUAAGGUCAGGAUUUGUUCCGCUUUUGAUUGAUGUGUUAAAGGCGGGAUCUAGUGAGGCGCAAGAGCAUGCUGCCGGUGCGCUUUUUAGCUUAGCUUUGGAAGAUGAAAAUAAGAUGGCGAUUGGAGUUUUAGGCGCGUUGCAGCCGUUGCUUCACGCGUUGAGAUCAGACUCCGAGCGUACUCGGCACGAUUCCGCACUCGCUCUUUACCAUCUUUCUUUGAUUCAGUCAAACCGAGUUAAAUUAGUGAAACUCGGCGCAGUUUCGACUCUGUUGUCGAUGGUGAAAUCGGGGGAUUCGGCGAGUCGGGUGCUACUGAUACUCUGUAAUAUAGCUGCGAGCACGGAGGGGAAGUCAGCGAUGCUGGACGCCAAUGCGGUGGCGAUAUUGGUGGGGAUGUUGAGGGAAAGCGAGUUGGUCCCCGAGGCGACUCGGGAGAACUGCGUUGCGGCGUUGUUUGCAUUGAGUCAUGGCAGCAUGAGGUUCAAGGGAUUAGCAAAAGAAGCGAGAGCCAUGGAGGUCUUAAGGGAAGUCGAGGAGAGAGGGAGCCAAAGAGCCAAAGAGAAAGCGAUAAGGAUUUUGCAGAUGAUGAGAGGAAGAGAGGAAGAGGAAGAUGAGGAGAUUGAUUGGGAAGGUGCUUUGGACGCGGGUGGGCUCAGUCGCUCUCGGUACCGAGCUGGUAGAGAUGUUUUCGGUGCAAAUUCUACCAACUUUUAGUAGUUUUUGUGGGUUAUGUGAAUGUAAUUAUUGGUUUUUAUUUUGGAGGGAAGUUCAUUUCCUUCUUGUGAGAAUAGGGUUUUGUUCAUGACUUGGGAUGUGAAUUUGUACAUUCAAAUCUCUGGGGUUUUGGGGUUUUAGCUUCUUUAGGUUACGAUUGAAUUUUUGUAUUAAAAAUUGUUGAUGCAACAUGUUAGUGAGAAUCCUUUUGUUGUAAAGGCAAGUCCUGAGUGAAUCUGAACAACACAUUUUUAUGUAGUUUGUUCUUCCUCUGGAGCAAUAAAUAUUAGCUGCAAACAUGGUUGCCAA